AUGGGAUGCGUGGAUGUUGGCAUAGAGCUGGUGGAUACAAGACAUGAGACUGUAGCGGUGCAAGCUGCUGAAGGCUACUCAAGAGUCAGCGGCAAGGUGGGAACGUGCUUUGUCACAGCCAAUAGUGGGUUCUGCAACAGCCUCCCGGGUCUUGCGACAGCACUCGCGGAUCGCAGCCCCGUCUUCUGCGUAACGAGCUCUGCACCGCUGCGGGAUACGGGGACAAACGCCUUGCAAGACUUUCAUGAUCAAGUCGUCCUCGCUAAGAACCUUACCAAGUUUGCCCAGCGCAUAACCAACGUUGGAGAGAUACCUCGUGUGGUUGCUUUAGCAUGGCGGACUGCAACCGCGGGCGCUCCGGGACCGGUGGUGGUAGACUUCCCGAUUGAUAUCCUGUUCACACCUGUAGAUACCGAUAGCAUCGCUUGGGGGGGCAUCACGGCACCACCUGUAUCCCUUCCUGGGCCAAAUCCGAGCGCUAUCGACGAAGCAGUACGGCUCUACCGAGCGUCUGAGCGGCCCUGCAUCAUCGUGGGCACCGGCGCCAAAGACGCCGAGGACGAGAUCUUGAAGCUCGCCGAACCAACCCGUACGCCCAUAUUCCAUACCUCAAAAUGCAGCACCGCGAUCCCUUACACCCACCACCUCCGCGCCGGCCUAGCGACCAGCCUUGCCUUCCUCCAGCCGCAAAACAAACCCCAGCCCGACCUCAUCCUACUGGUCGGCGUACGUACCGGGUUCCUCCUCGGCGGCCGCAGCGGUGCCAUCAUCCCUAACACCGACUGCAAACUGAUCCAGAUCGACGUCGACGGCUCCGAAAUUGGGCGCUCGCACUACAUAGACGUCGGCAUUGUGUCCGACGCCUCCCUUGCCCUCAGCGCCAUGCACACCCGCCUCGCCAGCGACUCCACUGCCACCAAGGCCGUCGCGAACGAGGAGUGGAUCCGCACAGCGCUGGGCCUGAAAGCGCUGAACGCGCGGAAUGACAGGGACCCGGUUAUCGAUGAAGAGAACGGCCGGCUGCACCCCUAUCACGCGCUCAAAAGAGUCUUCACCUCCGUCCCACACAACAGCAUCGUGUGCAUCGACGGCGGGGAAUGCGGCGUCUGGGCACAGCAGCUCCUCGAGCACGCGCACGCACACCUUUCCAUGGCCACGACGGGCUACAUGGGCUUCCUAGGUAACGGAUGGGGUUAUUCGCUUGGCGCCGCAGUCGCGGAUCCAGGCCGCAUGGUGCUGAACAUCCAGGGCGAUGGAUCGGCCGGGUUCCAUAUCGCGGAGCUGGACACGUAUGCGAGGUUUGGACUUAGUAUCUUGACCGUCGUGGUCAACAACGCUUCAUGGGGCAUGAGCCGCGCGGGGCAGGAACUCAUCUUCGGCGGGCAGACGGCUGCGCGGCCCGCGGUUGCGCUGAGCGAGCAGACGCGUUAUGAGGUCGUGGCUGCAGGGUUCGGGUGCGCCGCUGCGCGGGUGGAUGCACGAGAGGUCGAUGCGGGCGGCGAGGAUAAGGGGCAGUUUGUGCUGGAUCGUGUGGGGCAUGAGGUUCACAGAAUGACUAUGGAGAAGGGGCCCGGGCUGCUGAAUCUGGUGGUUAGUGAGAAGCCGGUACAUGAUGUGACGAGGGCGAUGGUAGGGGCGACAGGGGACCCGGACGUUAUUGUUGUGCCGUAUUAUGAUAAUCUGCCUAGGCCGUAUUAUGGGAGGGGAAAGGAGGCGGAUGGGAAGCAAUAUGAUCGGGAGUAA